AUGGAUCGGAUGUCAACAAAUUAUUUUAUUCCCAUUUCAAUAAAAUCAAUUCCCAUUUGUCACAUAGUUCAUGUAUUCAUUUAUCUACUCCACCCUUUCUCUCCUCCUUAUAAUUCUAUUGUGCCCCCUUAUUCUCUUCCAUCUCCUGUUCCCCCAAAUCUUAUGCCUCCUACUUUUUCUUCUCUUCUUUUCCCCAUUUGCAUUCUACGUUUUUCUUUUAUAGCAGCAACUCUUUUAAAUCCUGUUUUUCCUUACCUCUCACUUUCUUAUUUCCCCUCUUUUUAUAUCCUCAUGAAUAUCGACUUUCACUCUCUCACUCUCUCUUCUUAUUACUAUCUUAUUCUCUUCUACAUUUUUCCUCUAUACAUCUCUUUCAUUUACCCUCCUCCUCACUUUGCCUCUUUUUCUCUUUCUUAUUUUCCCCUCUCUUUCUGUUUUCAUGAAUCUCAACCAUUCUCUCUUUCUUCUUAUUCUCUUCUACAUUUUUGUAACUUCAUAAUGUUUUCUUUCAUUUUAUUUACAUACACCUCAGCCUCUAUACAUCUCUUUCAUUUACCCUCCUCCUCACUUUGCCUCUUUUUCUCUUUCUUAUUUUCCACUCUCUUUCUGUUUUCAUGUAUCUCAACCAUUCUCUCUUUCUUCUUAUUCUCUUCUACAUUUUUUCCCUUCUUUCACAAGCCAUUCCAGGCAAAGGAAUCAAGCAAGAUGAUACAAGAAACAGAGCCUUCUUUCUCUCUUAUGGUUCUUCUAUUAUUUUUCUAUUAUUUAUUUUUAGUUUUUUUCUUCUAUUCUUUUUCUCUUUUUCUUCCAUGCUUUUUCUCUAGCUUUUUUCAUGUAUUCUUUUCUCCAAGAUUUCUUGUUUCUUUCUCUAGUUUUUCUUGUUCCUUUUAUCCAGUUUUUUGGUUUCUUUUCUCCAAGAUUUCUUGUUUCUUUCUCUAUUUUUCUUCUAUUCUUUUUUCUCUAUUUUUUUCCUUUUGCUCUUUUAUUCUUUUUCAGUUAAUUUUCCUUCUGUUUUUUCCUUUUAUUCCUUUUCGUCAUUUUUUUCUAUUCUUUUUCUCUUUAUUUUUUUCUUUUUUUCUAAUUCUUUCUUUUCUUUUUCUCCUAUUCUUUAUUAGUUUUUUUUUCUAUUCCUUUUCUCAAGUUUUUCUAUUAUUCUUUCUCUCUCAUAUUUUUCUGAUCUUUCUAGUUUUUACUUUUAUUUUUUAUUUAUUUCUUUUUCCAAUAAUUUCUUCUUCUGUUUUUCUUUAUUUUUUUACAUAUAUUUUUAUCCCUUUGUUUAUUUUUUUUUUUUUCCUCUUCGGAAUUAUUUUUUUCUAA